CUAAUUUGUGUUUCUGUAUCUGUAUUAUAAUUACCAGUGCUAGAUACAUUAUGUACAUGUUAAAUCUGUCUUGGUUGUUACAUCUAUUGUUAUUCCAGUGUGUCCCAUUUCUUUUAUGUUAUGAACCCGAGUAUCCACUAGAUACUUCUGAGCUGAGUAGCGAACAUUCUGUACGCGUAUUGAAACCCGGUAUUCCUAACAGUCGUUGUGUAGUUCCCGGGGACAUUGUCACUGCAUUGGUUAGGUCAUUCUCUCCUUCUGUAAAGCGCGAUAUAUCUGGCGUCGCUAGGCAGACCUUUGAGGCUGGUAAGCACAGUGUCACUCCGUUAAACCAGGUGGUUUACAACAUGUGCAUUGAUGAGAUAAGGCGCUUAGGAAUAUCAUUUGGUAAUUAUGGUCAUUUAUUUUACGAGGUUCACGUGAUUGACAUUAGAGACCGUUAACC